AUAAAAACAUUUGAUCUGUAGAAUUGGCAGAACUGCCGGUGCAAUUGACAGGCUAAAGUAAGGUUAUAUUUACAUAUAUCAACAAUUUUGAACGAAAAAUAGCAUUUAAUCGUCGAAAUGACGGCUUUUGAGGAGUUUGGAUGCCUGCCCGAAAUCUCCAAAGCCAUAGACGAGCUGGAAUGGACCUUACCUACGGACAUACAGGCUGAAGGUAUACCGCUAGUUUUGGGCGGUGGUGACGUAUUGAUGGCUGCUGAAACUGGGAGCGGUAAAACGGCGGCGUUUUGUCUGCCCAUAAUUCAGAUUGUGUGGGAGACUUUGAAGGAUAUAGAGAGCGGGAAAACUGGGGGUGGUACGAGCGUUUCGCCUGCUUGGACGAUGUCUAUAAUGGAUCGGGGGAGUGCCCUGGCUGUCGCCUCAGACGGUUUGAGGGUGCAGAGCAGGGAGUUCAAGGAGUGGCAUGGAGUGAGGUGCACGAGGGGGGUUAGCACAGGGAAGUGGGGUUAUGAAGCUACGGUCACCGAUGAAGGUUUAUGUAGAGUGGGCUGGUCGACUUUACAAGCCAACUUGGACCUCGGUACUGACAGAUUUGGCUUCGGGUUUGGGGGUACAGGCAAAAAAUCCAACAACAAACAGUUUGAUAACUACGGCGAACCUUUCGGGAAAAGCGAUGUAAUAACGUGUCUGUACGAUGGUGAUAACGGGGAAAUAAGGUUCCUAAAAAACGGUACGGACUUGGGACCGGCCUUCAAACUGAAUAAACAACAACUAAACACCGCGUAUUUCCCUGCUGUGGUCCUCAAAAACGCCGAAAUGUCGUUUAAUUUUGGUGACAAACCCUUUAAGCACAGUCUGCCCCCAAACUACAGCCCCGUGAUAUCCGCCCCCAAAGAAAAAGUCUCCACUAACACGAACGCCCAAAAUUCUUCAUCACAAACGGCGAAAAUCAUAAAUAACGCCCCACAGGCCAUAAUAAUAGAGCCUUCGAGGGAGUUGGCCGAACAAACGUACAACCAAAUAAGGAACUUCAAAAAAUUUCUGGAAUCCCCGAAAAUUCGCGAUUUGCUUGUAAUUGGGGGGGUUAACGUCAAAGAGCAGAUCUCGUUUUUGCAACAAACUGGCGCUGAUAUCAUUGUGGGAACUCCAGGUCGUCUGGAGGACUUGAUCCAAGGCGGCUAUCUCUCCCUGGCCAACUGCCGUUUUUUCGUCCUGGACGAGGCAGACGGCCUGCUGAAGCAAGGCUACACCGAUUUCAUAGAAAGGCUGCACAGGCAGAUGCCCAAAAUUACGGCGGACGGGAAAAGGCUGCAGAUGAUCGUUUGCAGUGCGACGUUGCACGCUUUCGAGGUGAAAAAAAUGGCGGAAAAGCUCAUGCAUUUUCCCACUUGGGUGGACUUGAAGGGGGAGGACGCAGUUCCGGAGACUGUACAUCAUGUUGUUGUAAAGGUCGACCCGCAGCAGGAUAAAUCGUGGAUAACGCUGCGCCGGCGCAUCCCGACAGACGGCGUGCACGCGCAAGACAACGUAAAACCCGGAAUGAACACUCCGGAAGCGCUAAGCGAAGCCGUUAAACUGCUAAAGGGCGAGUACUGCGUCAGAGCCAUAGACGAGCACAAAUGGAGCGCGCCAUCAUCUUCUGUCGCACCAAGAACGACUGCGACAACCUGGAAAAGCACCUGAAGCAGCUGGACGCGAAGAACUACUCGUGCGUGUGCCUGCACGGCGACCGGAAGCCGCACGAGCGCAAGGCCAACUUGGAGACCUUCAAAGCGCAGGGCGCCAAGUUUUUGAUCUGCACCGACGUCGCCGCGCGCGGGCUCGACAUCACAGGGUUGCCGUUCGCGAUCAACUUCACCCUGCCGGACGAGAAAUCCAACUACGUGCAUCGGGUGGGCAGGGUGGGCAGGGCGGAGCGCAUGGGGCUGGCCAUAAGUCUGGUGAGCACGGUGCCCGAAAAGGUGUGGUACCACGGCGAGUGGUGCCGCAGCAGGGGGCGCAGCUGCAGGAACACCAACCUGACGGACGUCAAGGGCUGCUGCGUGUGGUACAACGAGCCGCAGCUUCUGGCAGACGUGGAGGACCACUUGAACGUGACCAUUCAACAGGUGGGGGCGGAUGUCAAGGUGCCGCGCGACGAGUUCGACGGUAGGGUUGUGUACGGGCAGGCGAGGAAGGCGCAGGGCGUUGUUUACGAGAACCACACCAAGCAGAUGGCGCCCAUCGUCAAGGAUCUCUCCAGGUUGGAGAGCCAGGCGCAGUUGUUGUAUUUGAAUAGGCAUUUGACCAAGUUGGCUGGAUAAAUAAAUGAUUUUUUGGCAAUCG